UUUUUCCUCAGAACACCACGGCCUACAUUCCUCCUUCUCCACCAGCAAUUGCAUGCAUGACAAAGAUCCAUGAUCUUUCUUCGAUCCUCCUCGACAAUCACCUCUCCAAACAAUAAUCGCGUCAACUCCGAAAAUGCCAGGGCCAACCCCUCCACCCGUUGAAGCUCCAGCGCGACACUCCAGUCCCUCCCCUGCCCUUGGACAGACAAUCAACCACCGCUCGAGCUUUGCAGAGAACCUUAGACACUCACCACGCUCCCAAAGACAUCCUUCCUUCACACAAGCGGCGGUCCAAGAGCUGCUCAAUCAUCCUCCUCCCUCGAAGGCCGGUGAUCCGAGAUUUGUGGGUAGAGACUGGAGACAAAUACGCGUCGGAGAAUUGGUGGAGAAAAGCGAAGUAAGAUGGGCUGAGCUUGAUGUGGGAGUUGAGCAGGCUACGAAGAUGUUGAUUGACGCCGGACCACCGAAUGUCAUCCUCCUCCGCGAAAAAGCUCAAGAUACCGCCGCCUGCGGGACGUUUGAUUACAGCGAUCUCAAUGCAUAUCUGCUGGUUGUCGUUGGCCUCGCGAACCCAGAAGAAGCCCAAUUGGUGGAUUUCGAUGCGCUCGCAAAGAAGACCCGUGAUAGGGAGUCGAUUCCACUUCGUGAAAUUCAAACCCUGGCGAAGAAAGGGCCUUUAGUCACACUCCCUGAAUCAGCAGAUCUGUCCAAAGCCAUUGAGCAUUUUGGAAGUGGUGUUCACAGAAUACUGGUUUGCAAGGAUGGGACUACAGAGGUUGUGGGGAUAUUGAGCCAGUUGAAGCUGGUCAAGUUUCUAUGGGACAAUGGAAGCAGCUUUCCUGCUAUUGAUGCUUUCUACCCUAUGGUUUUGAAGGAUUUGAGCAUUGGGACUCCUCAAACUAUUGCAAUCAAUGGUGACAGAAGUUUAUCGGAUGCCCUCCAAGUUAUGAGCAACGAGGGCUUGACCAGCAUUGCUGUGGUAGAUAAUGCUUUUAAUGUCGUUGGAAAUAUCUCUACGGCAGAUAUCAAGCUUCUCACGAGUAGCAGCAAAUUACCUCUCUUGCAGUCGAGCUGCAUUCACUUUAUUUCAGUUAUCCUCAGUGAGCGAGGAAUUGGUGACGGAAAGGACUCUUUCCCAGUAUUCCACGUCAACCCCUACUCUACCCUGGCGCAUACAGUUGCAAAGCUAGUCGCCACACGGUCCCACCGAAUGUGGGUCGUCGAAGCAGCCUCACCAUCUCCUUCCGCGCCAGCAACACCACUAGCCACCCCCUCCAUCACUCACGCCGUCCUUUCUUCUCCCGCAAAUUCUACUCCCGCCUCUCCAUCCCUACAAGCCGCUUUCCCCGCCGUCUCAGCAGCAGCCUUGCCUGGUGCUCGAAUCUCCGGCCGCUUGACAGGCGUCAUCUCGCUCACCGAUAUCCUAAACCUUUUCGCACGACAAAGCGGACUGAAUCCAUUAAGCCCUAACGAUCAACGGGCACGCAGACGUAGAAGCUCAAGCAGCUCGAUUAGACCGAGUAUCGAUAGACCGAGCAUCGAUUCUGCCAGGGGAUCGAGUGUGGAUUUGAGAAGAUAAUGAGACGGGGAGAGAUUUGUGGGAGUCUAGUAGUUAUUUUGAAAUUCAUGCCGAAGGAUCACGGCUCGCUGGGGCAACGAAAUAAAAGCUUCCUUCUCUUCGAAUAUGGGCGUUGGGGAAAAUGGGAACCAUUAAUCGAUGGAUGGCUGCCCUUUACUCACGAUACGCGCUACCGCUAUUACACUCGAGACCAAGAGGCCCAUUUUGGGGAAGGACACGACGGCGAUUACGAAAGUUAUACGGAGAGUACGAGACAUGGAGUCACGACACAAUGGUCAUUCAGGGCAUAGCAGGGCCGAAGAAAAUGAAACAAAUAUUCAUACACAUGUUUGCGUGAUCAGAUCAAGGCCCUCACUUGGUUUGUUGUGCUAAUCUGAAACUGGAGACCC